CUUCGCUCUCGUGAUGGAUUCCCCACAGCUUGUUGAUAUUUCCCUCUGUCCGUGCUGGCACAUUGGGCGAUCCGUGCGACGGAUUUUUUCUUUCUUGGUCGGUGCCGGUGGUUACAAACAAUGACAUUGUGUGUCCCGGAAAGGUUCGGGUUAGGGCCAAUCAGUGGGCGCGGAAUAGAGUUGGUGGGUGGUGUGAGUUUCCAUGCUUUCCCUCUGGGGCUGCGCUGGGCGGUUGAGAGGAAAAAUCGCUAGAGAGGGAAACGUCGUCUCGUCGGAAGUAUCCAUCCAUCCACCCCAUCCCGGAAUCCCCCAAGUCAUCAUACCACUGCCACCUCCACCAACCAUUACCCAUUAACUAACUAAACCACCACUUUCACUUCUCCCCCCCCACAACCUACGGAAACCCAGCCAACCGACCAAAAAAAUCUCCACUCAACCAAAACUCAUCAACCACAACCAACAAUGUCGAUGGUGCGCAACUCCCUCCUGCGGGCUUCCCGUCUUCGCCCGGCCUCAGCUGCCGCGAUCCUGUCGCGCGGAAACAGCUCGUACGCCAUCUCCAACGUCACCCUGGCCGACAUCGAGAAGCGCUGGGAGGCCAUGCCGCCGGCCGAGCAGGCCGAGCUCUGGAUGCAGCUGCGGGACCGCAUGAAGGGCUCGUGGGGCGAAUUGACUGCGCAGGAGAAGAAGGCUUCCUACUGGAUCGCUUUCGGGCCUCACGGUCCCCGUGCCGUCCCCCCUCCUGGUGAGACCUCGAAGGUCAUCCUGUACACCGCCAUCGGUGUCGGUGUUUCGUUCGUGGCCUUCUACGCCAUGCGUCUCGGUGGCCGUCCCGGCCCCAAGACCAUGAGCAAGGAGUGGCAGGAGGCUAGCAACGAGUACCUCAAGGAGCAGAACGUCGAGCCCAUCACCGGUGUUUCCUCCGAGAACUACAAGGGCCCGGGUAUGGUCCAGAACAACUAGAAGAAAACAAACCAUCGGAUCGAAGCGAUGGAGGGCGGUUAUUUUUUUUCUCUGUUUUCUACCUGUCACGAUAGAUCAUGUCGGAGAGGGGUCGGGGAGGGUGGGCGUUGUUGUGUUUAAGGCCGGUAGGGGGACCUCGCAAAAUGGGAAUGACGGUUGUUGGUUGGCAAGUGGUGCGACGGAGCGAUCUUGCAUUGUGUUGCAGCGGGGUUGUGUGUGUGCGGGGUGUUGGAGCGGGGUGUCGAGUGCGUGUGUACAAAUCGAACGAAAUCGCAGCAUCACCACCAUCAUCGCCAUCUUGUUACCGCGCUCGAUGGAGCAGUCAAUUUCCAAAUGCCAAUAUAAAUACAUUUUUGG